UCUUUUCCUGUUCCUGCAAGUGCUGUGAAGACGUCAAUGCAACCCAAAGUAAUGAUGGUGAGGAGAAAUAUGUGGAGACUUACACUCAACUUUCCACCUGUGUGGUUAGGAGUAGAUAUAAUAUGUAGCUGUGGAACUAUAAGGUGCAGGAAAAUGAAUUAAUCCUUUGAAAGGCUGGAAUUAAAGCAUUUUGAAAUGCAGAGGACUCUGACAGUGGAGAAGAAAGUUCCUGUUGCUGAGGAAUUACUAUUCACGUCUACCAAAGAGAGCCAGGACUGUAGCAGACUCAGUCUGAAAAGGCAACGGUGCCACAAGCUACCAUUGGAAGGAGCUGUCUGCAUCUCUCGGUGCUCUACUGAGCAUGUCCCUGAGGAGCCCUGUGCUAGCAGCACAUUAUGCAAAAAGGCAGCUCCAGCAGCUGGGAGAGAGGCAGAGCAAGGCUUUGCUCCGCUUGCAUCACCGCCUCUUGAAAACAAACCUGGAUUACUCGAGAGGUCCUCGCUGCCAGGCCAGCUGAAUGAAGACGAGCGGCAUGGCUUGAUUCCUGAUGCUGCACGAUUGCUAAACAACAUGGGGAACCAAGAUGGGAAGCAGAAAAGGAAUGCAGGUGAUGUGCAUGAAGGAGGCGAGGAUGCUUCUGGGCCCAGGGAUGCAGAAGGCACAAAGAAGGGAGCAGGGAGCAAAAAGGGACUGGGGAGGUACGGCAAAGGGAAUGAAUCCGGCAAAAAAAAGGGGAAGUCAGAGUCUCGGGCAUCUGUGUUUUCCAACCUAAGGAUCAGAAAAAAUCUGUCCAAGGCUAAAGAUGGAAACAGCAGCUCGAGAGAGGAUGUUUUAGAAAGCCAGGCCUCACAAACAGGGGAGCUAGACAGCGCUCAUUCGAUUCUCACCAAAACUCCUGAUAUAAGCAUUUCUGCAGAUGAAGGGGGUCUCUCGGACACAGAUGUGGAUCAUUUUGAAAAUACAAAUGAAAAUCGUCCAGCUGCUGCCGACCCGCAGGAUGGACAAAGGACCAGCUCCGGCUCCGAUACGGACAUAUACAGUUUCCAUUCAGCCACCGAACAAGAGGAUUUGCUUUCUGAUAUCCAGCAGGCUAUUAGACUGCAACUGCAGCAGCAGCAGCAGGGGGCAAUUAACAUUGGAACGGAGCAGCAUGGCACCAAAACAAUGGACCUACACAUGGCUAAUUCUCAAGCAACCCCCUUAGGUUUUGAAAGGUUUCUUUCACUAAGCAGCGACAAAGACAGCAGUCCAGAUACCGAACAGCCUGUCUCAGCGAAAUCGGAAAUUACAGAAUAUAUUGCCACCUGCGAUACCGAAAGUGAAGUGAAAGAAGCGACAAACGGAAUGGGGCAUUCCUGCAGCAGUGUAUUCAGUAUGCAGGAAGAGCACGGGCAGUUGACAGAGGAGCAGGACCAACGUGCUCAGGAGCUGAAAGAUCUACCCCCUUUAGAUGCUGCAGUGACAGAGAAUGGGGCUGUGCUAGGCAGUUCCGUGUUUAAUUUUCCAUCCCCACCUGGCGAUUCAGAGGCUAAAGGAAUAUCCGUUGAAUUUUCAGGUUCAAAAAAAGAGGAUGAUAUAGUAAAUACAGGCCAUGAUCAGGCUGGUGGAGCCAAAGAAAGGAAGCAGAGUUUGUCAGCCAGCAGGGAGGCGCUGGAUGAUGGGCUUUCUUCUGAAUUGAAAAAUGGUACUUUUUCCUCUGAGGAUCUCUCCAGUAGUCCUGUGCGUAGUUCCAAAUGUUUUAAGCCCUAUCCUCUCAUCAACCCCUGCUACAUCAAAACCACCACUAGGCAGCUGAGUUCCCCAAAUCACUCACCUUGUCUAUCCCCAUCCCAGAGCCCACUCUUUAAAAGGAGACGUGAGUCCUCUCAGCGGAAAGAGAGUGCGCCAACCAAGAAGCAGAGGUCGGCCAGUUUGGCAGGUUCAUUUAGUCGAUCAGCAGACUGGACAGAUGAGAUUUCAGAUCACAGAGGUGAAAUAGCUCAAAAGUCAGGCUCGGCAGAUUUCUUGGAAUACCGGCGGAGUAGAGAUGGUUUUCAAGGCGAAAGGGUGCAUUUUAAUCACUCGAGAAAGUCGUCAGGGACAACAGCUUCUACUGAUGCCUUCCCCAAUGUGUUUAGAGGUCGAACUCUGCUGGAAAAGCUAUCCAGCCAGCAGGACAAUGCACCUCAAGAAGAAGCAGAGAAGCUUUGUUCUUGGAUCAUUGCAAUGGGUCUUCUGCUCCCCUUCAGCGAUUGCUUCAGAGAGCCAUGUAGUCAGAACACACAGCAAAGUGCACCAACUUUUGAUCAAGAUCAGCUUUAUACUUGGGCUGCAGUCAACCAACCCACACACUCAUCAGAUUACAUUGAAGGAAGAUUUCCAAGGAGAAUUCCAUCAGUGUGGCCCCCUCCAAAGCCUCCAGAUGAAGGACAGAGAGUGAAACAUGCAGAAACAGAAGAUGAACAGGGAUGUGAAGCUGCCACUGUGGCAAGAGAGACAGAACAUACAGAAGAUGUUCAACAGGUACAGGAAGAUGUUGCAAUGAAAUCGGAAGAGCGGGCAAACGAAAUUCAGCGACUUGAGCAGACCAUACAGGACCUGAAAACAAAAAUUGCAGAGUUAGAGAAACAGUUUCCAGCAGCAGAGGUGCUGAUUUCUAGUAGUAGUCGGUGGAAUGAGAGCACGCAGCCAACGCCUGAAGGAUUCUCUAAUGCAACUCUUCAAGAACAUACAUUAGGUGCCCUUCCCAAAACUAUAAUUACAAAAUCUGUGCAGACUUCACCAACAGAUGAUUGUUUAACACACACAAUGCCUUCAGCCAACACACUGCCACAAGCACCUCUGCACCUCAAAGGGGAUCAACAUCAAGGGCCAACUCAGCCAUUGCCAACACUUGAGCCACAACCCACCUUUUGCUCUGAAAUAUCUUUAGUUCUGUCUCCAAAACGGAUUUCGGUACAGUUGGAUGGUGCCCAGGAGAAACUAACUACGUCACAACUUUCAGGACCUGAUGCUCAUUUGUCAUCACCUUUGUGUCAAGAGGAAUUGGUAUCAUCAACUUCCCACCCAGCUCUAAGCACUGAAAGUAUUUCUUGCAGUGAACAUUCCCCUUCCUUAUCCUCUCAUCCCACUUCUGGCUUGCCCCAUGGACUGUCAGCUUCCCUGCCUGGAGCAGGAGACUUAUUUUUAACUUCAUCCACAUCUAGUUCAUGUGUACUGUCUUCGUCGUCCCUACCUGCCUCAGGGUAUUCCCUGACUUUGCCUGGCGCAAUGCCACCUCCUGCCCCACCAUUGCCUGUUGAAGGGAUUCCUCCUCCACCACCUCUGCCUGGAAUGGACAUGCCUCCACCUGCUCCUCCUUUGUCUUUUGCAAGCAUCCCUCCUCCGCCUCCUUUGCCUGGAGCUGGAAUGCCUACAGGCAUCCCACCUCCACCACCUCUUCCUGGAAGGGAAAUGUUACCUGCUCCCCCACCUUUGCCAGACAUUGGAGUGCCACCACCUCCACCUUUGCCAGGAGCAGCUAUUCUCUCCCCCCAUCUUGUGCCAGCUGUGGCAGCUCUACCAGGAAUGGGAGUGCCACCACCUCCACCUUUGCCAGGCAUGAUGGCACCUCCCCCUCCCCCUCCUCUACCAGGAAUGGGAGUGCCACCACCUCCACCUUUGCCAGGCAUGGUGGCACCACCACCUCCCCCUCCUCUACCAGGAAUGGGAGUGCCACCACCUCCACCUUUGCCAGGCAUGGUGGCGCCACCACCUCCACCUCCCCCACCUUUGCCAGGCAUGAGUGUACCACCCCCUCCCCCACCUUUGCCUGGUGCAGGAGCUCCCCCUCCUCCACCACCACCAUUGCCUGGUAUGGGUGUGCCACCUCCUCCACCUGCUGGCCUUCCACAGCUUCCUGGGUUUCUUCCCCCUCCCUUGCCAACUGGUUUAUUUGUAAUGGGGAUGCACCAGGAAAAGGGUAGCAGGAAACAUGCAAUAGAACCUUCUCGACCAAUGAAGCCUCUUUAUUGGACAAGAAUUCAGCUUCAUAAUAAAAGAGAUUCUAGUGCUUCACUUGUGUGGGAGAAAAUUGAAGAGCCUUCCAUAGAUUAUCACGAAUUUGAAGAACUGUUUUCUAAAACAGCUGUUAAAGAGAGGAAGAAACCCAUUUCAGACACCAUCACAAAGACAAAGAACAAACAAGUUGUCAAGUUAUUAAGCAACAAAAGAUCGCAAGCAGUUGGGAUAUUAAUGUCCAGUCUUCAUUUAGACAUGAAAGAUAUACAGCACGCUGUUGUGAACUUGGAUAACUCUGUGGUUGAUUUAGAGACUCUUCAAGCCCUUUAUGAGAAUAGAGCACAAUCAGAUGAACUUGAAAAGAUAGAAAAACAUGGCAAGUCAAGUAAAGAAAAGGAGAAUGCCAAGUCUUUGGACAAACCUGAACAGUUUCUUUAUGAGCUGUCCCUCAUUCCCAACUUCUCAGAACGAGUCUUUUGUAUCCUGUUCCAGUCAACGUUUUCUGAAAGCAUUUCCUCCAUCCACAGCAAACUUGAAUUGUUGCAGAAACUGUGUGAGACACUGAAGAAUGGCUCAGGAGUUAUGCAGGUCUUAAGUUUGGUCCUUGCUUUUGGGAAUUACAUGAAUGGUGGAAACAGGACAAGAGGACAAGCAGAUGGCUUUGGGUUAGACAUACUUCCCAAACUAAAAGAUGUCAAGAGUAGCGACAACAGCAGAAGUCUCCUGUCAUAUAUUGUCUCAUAUUAUUUGCGUAAUUUUGAUGAGGAUGCUGGAAAAGAACAAUGCAUCUUCCCUCUUCCAGAGCCACAGGACCUUUUUCAAGCUACUCAGUUAAAAUUUGAAGAGUUUCAGAAGGAUCUCCGCAAACUUAAAAAAGACUUGCGAGGAUGUGAGACAGAAGCGGGCAAAGUUUGCCAGUUUUCAUUAGAAGAACACAUCCAGCCUUUUAAAGACAGCAUGGAGAAAUUCAUUAGUCAAGCUAAAAUUGACCAUGAAAUAGAAGAGAAAUCCCUGGAAGAGACGCAUAAAAGCUUUUUGGAGACUGCAGCAUAUUUCUGCAUGAAAGCAAAAAUGAGUGAGAAGGAGGUAUCACUAAAUGCCUUCUUCAGCAUUUGGCAUGAAUUCAGUUCUGAUUUUAAAGAGUUCUGGAAGAAGGAAAAUAAGCUCAUUUUGCAAGAAAGGCUAAAAGAAGCUGAAGAAGUAUGUAGACAGAAAAAGGGGAAAUCUCUUUACAAUAUAAAACAAAAGCACGAUUCUGGAAUUAAAGCGAAGAUAAGUAUGAAAAUAUGAAGGUCAAAUGGCACGCAUCAUUGUCCACCUGUUCAAUAAACUCAAUACGUCUGUUGGGGGAAGGAGACU